GCUUCCCCGCGCCGGCGCUUUGCGGCUGCUCCGCGAACCCGCUGCUCCUGCUGCCAGGAGCCGCCGUCGUGUUGCCUCAGAGACCCGGACGCCGUCGGACCGCGGGACCAAUGAGAGCUCCGCUGCCACUGUGGGCGCUCCUGGUGCUGUUGCUGCUGAGCAUAGGCUCAGGCCACUAUGCAGCUGGGCUGGAGCUCAAUGGCACCACCUCUGGAAAAGGAGGACCAUUUUUGGGGGACCACAAUGCUGGUGGACUUGCGGUUUCUGCAGGAAGCGAGGUCUCUACCAUCAGUGAAAUGCCUUCUGGCAGUGAACUCUCCACUGGGGACUAUGACUACUCAGACGAGCAUGAUAAUGAGCCUCAAAUACCCAGCUAUGUUAUAGAUGAUUCAGUCAGAGUUGAACAGGUCAUUAAGCCCAAGAGAAACAAGACAGAAGGAGAAAAGACCUCAGAAAAACCCAAAAGAAAGAAAAAGGGAGGCAAAAGUGGAAAAGGUAGAAGAAAUAAAAAGAAGAAGAAGAAUCCGUGUACUGCCGAGUUUCAGAAUUAUUGCAUCCAUGGUGAAUGCAAAUACAUCGAGGAUCUGGAAAGGGUGACAUGCAAAUGUCACCAUGAUUACUUUGGUGAACGGUGUGGAGGAAAAUCCAUGAAGACUCACAGCGGGGAUGACAGUGACCUAUCUAAGAUCACAUUGGCAGCUGUAGCUAUCUUCGUCUCUGUUGUAAGCCUCGCAGCUAUUGGCAUUGCUAUCACAGUCCGGCUUCGGAAACGACACUUAAGGAAAUAUGAAGGAGAAGCGGAGGAAAGAAGGACGCUUCGACAAGAAACUGGGAACGUGCGUGCCAUAGCCUAGCUGAAGACAGUGCAGGUUUGGGCUUUAAAAGUUCAGCUCCCAGUUAGAUGCUAUAAUUUUGAAAAACAGAAACACUUAUCUCGAGGCAAAGGAGGAAAUGUAGCCUUAUUUAUGAAUGAGCAUGGAUGGCUGUUUUAGGGAAAUGUUAUUUUUGGAGGAAGAUCGCCUUCGGUUUUGUAGAAGGGAUGUAGA